AUGCGCGGCGGCGACGACGACUGUGUGCAUGUGCAGCGAGCCGGCGGGAGGCUAAGGAUCGCAGGCUGGAUGAAGCGGGAUUACCGGGAAAUUUUGCAAAAACAACUAAAAGAAAAAUAUCUGAAAAUAGGAACUGAUAAAUGUUACCACCAUGGCAAGCAUAUUGAACCAAGACUGCUUCUUGUCAAGGAACAUGGUAUAUCAGAAAAGACACCAUGCGGCAUCCCUCAACAACAACAUUUUAUUGAGAUGGAACAUGCUUUUGAUCUUGAUGAAGAGGGCUCCAGUGCAUCCCAAACCGUGGUGAUUCAAGGGUGUGCAGGGAUCGGAAAAACAGCUGUGGUGCACAAGUUCAUGUUCAACUGGGCAGCAGGAAUGGUUACUCCAGGCAGGUUUGAUUAUCUCAUGUAUGUCAACUGCAGAGAAAUAAACCAUAUUACUAAUGUUAGUGCGGUUGACCUGAUUGGCUACACUUUUCAAGAUAUAGAAAGACCCAUCUUAGACGUCAUUCUGACAUAUCCAGAGAAGCUUCUGUUCAUUUUUGAUGGGUUCCCUGAGCUGCAGGACUCUGUAGGUGACCAGGAAGGGGCUCUUACUGCUGAUCCCCAGGAGAAGAAAACAGUAGAAGCUCUAUUGUGCAGUUUUGUAAAGAAAAAACUAUUUCCUGAAUCUUCCCUCCUCAUUACCGCCCGGCCUACAGCCAUGAAGAAGCUGCACUCUCUGCUAAAACAACCUAUCCAAGUAGAGAUUCUAUGGUUUACAGAAGCAGAAAAGAGAUCCUAUUUUUUGAGUCAGUAUUCAGGUGCUAGCAUGGCAAUGAAAGUCUUUUAUGGUCUGCGAGACAAUGAAAGCCUUGAAAUCAUGUCUUCUCUCCCUAUCAUCUCCUGGAUAAUCUGCACUGUCCUACAGUCACAGGGAGAAGAUGACAAGGCUCUUAUGAGGUCACUUCAGACCAUGACAAAUGUGUAUCUGUUCUACUUUUCCAAGUGCCUCAAAACUCUUACUGGUAUCUCAGUAUGGAAUGGACAGAGCUGCUUGUGGGGCCUCUGUUCUUUGGCUGCAGAGGGACUGCAGAAGCAGAAGGUUCUGUUUCAAGUUAAUGACCUCAGAAGACACGGGAUAAGACUGCAUGAUAUCAACUGCAUUUUUCUCAGUCAUUUUUUACAAAAAGCAGAAAGAGGUAUCAAUGUUUACACUUUCCUUCACUUCAGUUUCCAAGAGUUCUUGACUGCUGUGUUCUAUGCCCUGAAGAAUGAGAGCAGCUGGAUGUUUUUUAAUCAAGUGGAGAAAACAUGGCAAGAAAUUUUUCAACAAUAUGGAAAAGGUUUUUCAUCACUAACAAUACAAUUCUUAUUUGGCCUCUUACAUAAAGGAAAUGAGAAGACAUUGGAAACUACUUUUGGAAGAAAAGUCUCUCCAGGACUUCGAGAGGAGUUACUGAAGUGGACUGAAAAAGAAAUAAAGGAUAAAUCCACGAGGUUACAGCUUGAACCAGUAGACUUGUUUCACUGUUUAUAUGAGAUUCAGGAAGAAAAAUUUGCAGAAAAGAUAAUUGGUGACUUACAGUCAAUUAUACUGCUUCAGCCUACCUACACAAAAAUGGACAUUCUGGCUAUGUCAUACUGUGUAAAAAGCAGUCAGAGGCACUUGUCAAUAUCUUUGAAGUGUCAGCACCUACUUGGAUUUGAGGAGGGAGGAAGAGCCUCAGCAUUCAGGCCCCCAGCCGUGAUGCGUAAUCAGUCAUCUCAGAUGCGCAAUUUACCAUUGUCUCAGCUACACUUCCUCUGCAAAGCCCUGCGCAGUCCAAACUGUAAAAUAAAACACCUAAAGUUGUACAGAUGUCUUAUCUCCUCUGCUUCUUGUGGGGCACUAGCAGCUGUUCUUAGCACCAGUCAGUGCCUCACCGAGUUGGAAUUUUCUGAAACAAAACUGGAAGCUUCAGCUUUGAAAUUUCUCUGUGAAGGCUUAAAAGACCCAAAUUGCAAAUUACAGAAGCUCAAGUUAUGUGCUAGCUUUCACCCAGAACAUUCAGAGGUUAUUUGCAAGUACCUUGCCUCUGUUCUCAUUUACAAGUCAAAACUCAUUGAGCUAGACCUGAGUGAAAAUCCUCUGGGAGACACAGGGGUGAAGUAUCUUUGUGAAGGCCUCAGCCAUUUCAACUGUAGAGUGGAGAAGCUAGACUUAAGCACAUGUAACCUCACAGAUGCUAGCUGUGUGGAUCUCUCUUCUUUUUUGCGAGUGAGUCAGUCUUUAAAAGAACUGUUUGUGUUUGCCAAUCCCCUGGGGGAUAAAGGAAUACAGCUUCUCUGUGAAGGUCUGCAGCGAAGACGUUCAACGGGUAUAAUUGAGAAUCUUGUAUUGUGGACUUGUCACCUAACUGGAGCAUGUUGUCAGUAUUUGUGCAGUGCACUCUCCAUCAAUGAAACUCUGAGAGACCUUGACCUCAGUGACAAUGCCUUGGGGGAUGAUGGCAUGCAGGUGCUGUGUGAAGGGCUAAAACAUCCUGGCUGCAAACUACAGACCCUGUGGUUAGCAAAGUGUCAUCUCACAGAUACGUGCUGUGAAGCCCUGGCCUCUGUCCUAAGCAGAAAUGAGAACCUGACAUUGCUAGACAUAACUGGAAAUGACUUCAGGGAUUUUGGAAACUGGAACACAUAA